GGAAAAGGCUAAAAAUGGAGAAGAGUGGGUAGACGCAAUUGGUAUGUAUGUAUGUUUGUAUGUAUGCAGUGUCAGAGCGGAAAACGGUGAAAAUGUAUUAUUGAACUGUUUUGUGAAAGAGAAAGAAAGAAAGAAACGAUGCGAGCAAAAGAUACAUAAAUAAGAAGAUAAUUGAAGAGAAGAGUAGUAGCAAUAAGUGAGAAGUGAGUGAAUGAAACUCAACACCCAAGACAAGACCCUUUAACGCAAACAACUCAAAUCAGUUCUCUCUGGAUUUAUUCUACAAUAUUCGCUCAAUGACAAAAUCCAGCCUCUGGGAAGAACUGCAUCUGCGGCAUUGAAUUUUCUGAAUUCUUCUGGAUAAUAUUUAGUCCACUCUCGUUCCAUUGUUUUCUGCUGAGGCAUCUGGUUUAAAAUUGAAGUCAAACCAUGUUUUCUGCGAAUGGUUGUUGUUUUUGUGUGUUGGAAUGCUAGUUUUUUUCUUGACGAUGAUUCUCGGUGCAGAAGAAGGGUUUGUGUACUCAAUUAAGUUAAUCUUAUUGAAGUAGAAGAAUGGUCUAAUAAUCUGAAAGGUGAAUUUUGUGUCUUUGAGUCUGAAGACUGAUCAGAUGGGCAGAGAAAAUGAUUCAGCAAGGACAAAGGAAGAAGUUAGUGACGAUGGUUCCUCGAGUGUUGAGAAUGGGGAUUUAGAGUCUCAUGCUCGAAUUAGUCUGGACAAGGAAGGCUUGGAAACUUGUCGUGUGUGCCAAUGUACUGAAUCUGAUAAAAGGGCAGAUGCGGCGCUAGAAUUUUUGGGCAUCACCCCAGGUUCAGAAUUGUAUAAAAGCAAGGGGGAAGUAGGGUGUGAUGGCAAUGGAAUUCCCAGAAAUAUGUCUCUUAACAGAAACAUUGAAAAAAAUACAGGGAUGGUGGAAUUUGUAAGCCCUGAUGGGGAGGUUUUCAUAUGUAAAAGCGAUUUGGAACUCGGUUUGUCUCAUCAAGAUAAACUAGUUGAACUUGGAUGUUCUUGUAAAAACGAUCUUGCUUUAGUACAUUAUGCUUGUGCACUCAAGUGGUUUGUCAACCAUGGAUCUACAAUUUGUGAAAUAUGUGGACAUAUAGCAAAUAAUAUCAGAGUUUCUGACUUCAAUAAAGUUGUUGGUGCUUUGAAGGAGUAUGAAGUAUUGAGGGAAAGAACCGCUAGUGGUGAUCCUGGUCCAGCACAAGCUCGUGCAAAUGCUGGUGUGGACCCUGAUGCAGUGGCUGCUAUUCGGAGGCAACGGCUAAUUGAGAUUGCACUGUGGUUUUGUCCUCAUAAUAGCAGUACCAAUAACAACGUUAGCAAUGUGGACACAGUCUCACAGGUUGCUUCUGAGCAGCCUUUGAGUAUUGUUACUGAAGAUGCUGUCCCUGUACAAAAUACUGCAACUAAAUGGGCCGUGGAGGGUACAGGUAUCCUGCUCGCUACGGGACUGCUUACCAUCACCCUUGCGUGGCUUAUAGCCCCUCGUGUUGGAAAGAAAACUGCUAAAAGUGGUCUUCAUAUCUUACUUGGAGGGGUUUGUGCUUUAGCAGUUGUGGUUUUCUUCCGCUUUUUUGUGCUUACCAGAAUCAAGUAUGGACCUGCACGUUAUUGGGCAAUCUUGUUCGUUUUCUGGUUUCUUGUGUUCGGAAUAUGGGCUUCAAGAGCCCAUGGUGCACAUACAACAUGAUCCCUUAGUACUGUUUAGAUCUCUGUUAAGUCUUUUGUCCCUCUCCAACAAAAAAAAAACUUCACUUCCUUCCCAUCUCUUCUUCAUUCCUUGCCAUCUUGAAUUUUGAGAUUUUGAAUAUAUUCAUUAUGAUACGACUUGUAAGUCUAUAGAUUCGCAUAUUUGUUCAGUGUAAAAUAACAAUUACGUUGUUUGCAAGCUAGAUUUCUCAAUGCUCACGUAGAGGAUGUGGAUGAACAUGUGCACUUUGUCAUGAAUAUAAUGAGAAUAUGUCCUUGUUUACUGUA